AUGUCUAGUGAAACUGGUCAAGAGCUAACCGAAGUUCGAGCUGGACAUGAGCUCGACUUGGGCAAGCUUACUGAAUACCUCACUGCGAACAUGAAAGUAAGAGGUCCCCUGAAGAUCAUGCAGUUUGAAGGUGGUCAGUCAAAUCCUACCUACAGUAUCCACGAUGCCGAUGGCAAGAGAUAUGUAAUGAGGAAGCAACCCCCAGGCGAUCUUGCCAACCCAUCUGCUCAUCGUGUCGAUCGCGAGUACACUAUUUUGGAGGCCUUGUCUACAAAGACAAACUUGCCAGUUCCCAAAGUUUACGUUCUGUGUAAAGAUCCAGCUAUCGCCGGAAAGCCCUUCUACAUUAUGGAGUACUGCGAAGGCCGUAUCUUUGCUGGAGUUUUCGGCCCCUUCUCCAAGGCCAUUGGUCCAGUUGUCCCAGACAAGAACGCAUACGCCUACUACCACGAGCUCCUCGACACUCUCGCAGCCUUCCAUAAAGUCGACAUCAACGCAGUCGGUCUAGGAAACUAUGGAGCCAAAGGAAAAUUCUACGAACGUAGUAUAAACCGUUUUGCCGACAUUACCAGGAUUCAAUCUCAAGCUCGUGAUAUCCGAACUGGCGAGAAAAUCGUACAGAUUGCUCGUCUUGAUGACAUUGUUGCUUGGAUGAGGCGUAACUUGCCUCCAGAUGAAAACACCCUGGUUCACGGUGAUUACAGAUUGGGCAAUGUAAUCUUUGACAAGACUGAACCCAAGCUUAUUGCUAUACUGGAUUGGGAACUCAGUACCACUGGACAUCCAAUUUCAGACUUGUUGGUCUGCUGUGGUCAGUUCUUGAAUGGAUCUGCACCAGGACAUCCAUCAUUCGAGUACUUGCUCCAGUACUAUUGCAAAAAGGUCGGAAGACCUUACCCAAUCCCAUACUGGGAUUUCUUCACUGCCUUUAAUACUUGGAGAGGCGCUGUAAUUGGACAAGGAAUCGCCAUGCGAUACGCCUUGGGUCAAGCCAGUUCGCAAAGUGCAGGCCUAUGGGCUGCAACCAUCGGGCCAUCAAUCGACAAGGUCUUGGCCAUCGUCGACCGUGGAGACUUGUACCCGGACAAGCCAAAGAUGUAG